AUGGAAGACGAAAUUGAGGAAUGUAUUAGAAAAAAGACAUUGUGGUUGCAGUUACCUGCAACUGUUAGAAAGCUUUUGGGUAACUCCCCCAAAGAAUAUGAGCGGUAUAUAUUUGAAUUCAGUAUUAAAAAUCAAUUGAGAUACAGGGGUAGUCUUGUAAGGACCGUUUGUAAAGAUGAAAAGAAAUAUUAUGAUACACUUGUGCAGAGCAGUAUACAGAGGCUCAUGCUGUACCCCUAUCACUUAGCUGAUAUGAUAGUUAAAGGUCUGAGGAUAACCCCAUUCAUCUACUAUGUGGAGGUAGUAGCUCUGCUAAUAGAGCUGGAGAAGAGUUAUGACACCAUGCCUAAUUUUACGGCAGCUGAUUGUCUCAGGUUACUGGGCAUUGGUCGUAACGAAUACCUAGAGCUUGUUCCGAAAGCCCGCUCUUUAGGAAGAAGAGGUCGAUCAAAAGCAAUACGUGCACUUUUGCCUCGGGUUCCACUGAACAUACCAAUGCAGCCCUGGUGGAGGGUUGAACUCGGAUUUGUACUCGAAGAUGACGUCAAGCCUUUGAGUGAGAGUGAGAGAGCGCUAAUAGACCUGUUAAUCGACCGCGGAUCGCAGACAGCUGGUACGCUCGACUACAAUGACGUAAAGACUUUGUACAGACUGGGUCUCAUUUACCUGGACGUACCAAUAACGACAGCCGACAAAGUAUCUGUGCCGCCGCUGAAAGGAUUCGUGAUGAAUCGCAUCGCUGGAGACUAUUUCGAGACCUUGCUGUACAAAGUGUUCGUGUCUAUAGAUGAGCAUACUAGUGUUGCAGAUUUAGCGUCUGUAUUACAGAUCGAGUGUGAACUAGUAAAGCAGGCAGUCUCUCUAUACUGCCGAUUAGGGUUCGCAAAGAACUUGCAGCCUCCUCCCGUUGUACCGCAGCAUGUGUCGUGGCAAGAUGCUGUUACCACACAUAAUCACCAACCAUAUAGUCAGAUAUCACCCUUGACAUUCGACCCUAGUAUAGACGAUGACACCAUACAAAUGGAACCAGUCAUCAUAAAGGAGACACCUUCAACUUCUAAACAAGGUCAGGAAGAAUAUAUAGAAAAUAUCAACAACGGCGGUGGUCGAAGGGUGGCCGUGUUGUUUGACUCCACGUUAGCUGCCUACUUAAUGAUGGGGAAUUUGUCACCGGAUUUGAAAAGUCAUGCGGUGACAUUGUUUGAAGUUGGCAAACUACCAGACGAGAGUCUUGAUAGUCUACUUAUGGAGUUAGAUAAGGUAGUAGCUGACCCGGAGAUAGAAGGUGAAGCGCGGCGGUAUUUAGCUGCUGCAGCUUGUUUACGGAUAGCGCUGCGAACGUUAAGGCCGCGGCUACGACCUUUGGACUUGUUGCGUUGUGAAGCGCUUCAUGCUUUAGGGACAGCCGUCCGGACUAGACUGUUGAGUACUAAGUAUAGGCUGGCGUUGUCGACGGCGCCGCUGUCCCGCGAGGCGCGUGCGGGCGCGGCGGCGGGCGGCCUGCCGCACGUGGGGCCCGCCCCGCCCGAGGCCUCCACGCCCUGGAUGCGCCUCUACCUGUACCACGUCGCCGGCUACGGACCGCCCACGCUACUGCUCACUAAGGGCACCCAGCUGCGCAGCGUGCCGCGGCUGCUGCUGGGCUACUCGCGGCUGGCGGUGUCGUGGUGGGGCGCGGAGGCGGCGCUGGAGGGCGCGGGCGCGGCGCUGGGCGCGGGCGCGGCGCUGGACGCGGCGGCGGCGCUGCUGGCCGCCAACACGGCGCUGCGGCGCGGGCCCGUGCUGCUGCAGGCGCUGGGCGUGCGCCAGCCCGCGCCGCUCAAGCACCUCAUGUUCCCGCCCGAGGCCGACACCUGUCCCGAAGCACAAGCGAUGUGGUCGCGUCACGCCGGAUUACGCCGCUUACUGAAACGGUUACGGUUAACUCGCUCAGUUGGUUAUGUCACGUUGGCAGAUAUCGGAGUGAAAGACCUUGGCUGCGCAAGACCACCGGCAACCGUCCAAUUAGUGCAAACCAAAAAGAAGAAAGACAUAUGCGGCAUCGCGAAACCUGUAAGUGAGAUAUCAUUAUCAUCAACGGAAUCCACAGACAAGUACAGCGAAGAGUACGCCAAGUCUUUAGCCAGGCUGCAAUCUCCUAUAGAGUCUCAUUUUGCAGUCACUCCGACCACAGAGAGCAAAAGCACUUCCCCAGCGAAUGGCUUCACAACUGUCGAAGGCGGCCAACUACUAUGCGACGAACUCGAUAAUCUAGCUCUCGAUGACCAGAAGCAUGCACAUAGUAAAGAGUCCAUAGCAUGCAGUGACGAUUUAGUACCCAUACAUUCCUCCUCCACAAGCAUCGAAGACCUUAAACCUGAUAAAAAACAUUCCCAAGAAAAAUCGACUAGUAAAGAUUCAAUAUCGACUAUCGAAGAUCUCGUUCCAAUACAUUCGACCUCGGUCAGUAGUGAGAAUUUAAGUAAGAAAACCGACAAAUCGAUGAACCAGUUGAACGAUCUGUUGAGCCCGGCUGAGGAAUCGAUAUCGAUGUUUACACAGUUAAGUGAUAAGUUGACUGAGAUGUCGGCGGCGGAAGGUGAUAGCGGAGUCGAUACUGCGCACAACAUAUCAGAUGAUGAGACAUGUAAACCUGAGAGAUGGACUAUACUUGAUCUGCAGUUUGGUAUACCUCUGUUUGAUGAAAAUCUAUGUGAAAAAAUAUGCAUAUGUGUCGUAGAACGGAUAGCUAAGCCUGAACUGAUAGAAAAAGUGAAAGAAGACAAUGAAUUCAUUCGUUCAGAUGUACUGAAAUUUGUAUCACAAUGUCAGUACUAUCCCGGCGAGGACAUGGGGAUAGUGAAGCGUGGUUCUCUUGUACCUUUACCUAGAAAGAACCUAGCGUUUGAGAACGGCAGGAUCAGCGAGUGGGCCGGGAAGUGA